AUGGAUUCUUAUCCUCACUCUCCUCUUCGUCGCACUCCUACGAGUACUUCCGACAAUGACUUGGACGACAGUGCUUCAUUGACUGCUGUCUAUUCUGCGAGCUCCUCCACAACCUCUACGCGCCAGCAACAGCAACGGACAGCAGGUCGAGCUCCAUCUGCGCAUUCGUUACUAGCCUCAGGUUCAAUCAAGAAUUCUGAUAUAAGAAAGGGUGCUCAUGCCGAAACGACCAAGGCAUCCGCAGAUCGUUCCAGCAUAAGCAUGCCGCCGCCCUCCACCAAACCAUCAGUGGAUCGGAGGUUGUCCACCUCGUUAAACUCGACUAAAUUUCAGCGCAAGUCAGAAGAGGUCCCCAGAAGUCCUCCUGCUUCGGUAAAAAGCUUUGAUGACAGGAUCCCAUUUGGCGGCUCGCCUACUGCUCAGACUUCUACCGCCUUUGAUUCAACAGUGGUCACCACCGCUUCAUCACCACAUGCUCCAGGUCUGCCCGUGCUCUCGCCUCCAGCUCUUGAUCCAUGCAUUCCUAAUUCUGUGGAUACAGUUUCGACUGCCUCUUCUCAGGUCAGCACCUCGUCCCAGCCGCCAAAGAGUGAACCAUCUGUUCCAGCCGGUCAAUCUUUAGCCACAUCGGUGAAGACUGAUGCUACGGAGCUGGCUUUACCAGCGAGAACCUCCAGGUCUACGAAUCCUCGAUCUGUGUCCUCCAGCAGGCGUUUAAGUACCACAGGCUCUUCCAAGAACGAUAGCGCUGGAUCCGAGAACAAGAUGUCCCUUGGCCGGAUUGGUGUUUGUGCCCUUGAUGUCAAAGCAAGAAGCCGCCCUAGCCGCCAAAUUUUGACCCGACUGCAAGGAGACAACGAUUUCGAAGUCAUCGUUUUUGGAGAUAAGGCAAUCCUCGACGAAGAUGUUGCCAAUUGGCCAAUCUGUGAAUUCCUAAUAUCAUUCUUCUCUGAUGGAUUCCCACUCGAGAAAGCUAUAGCUUAUGUCAAAUUGCGGAAGCCAUUUGUUGUCAAUGAUCUCUCGAUGCAAAAGGUCUUGUGGGAUCGAAGACUAUGCUUGAAAAUCCUUGACCAGAUGCAAAUUCCUACCCCAAAAAGAAUAGAAGUGAAUCGAGAUGGCGGACCAAGGCUAGAAUCCCCGGAUCUGGCACAGCAUGUCAAAGCUUUGACAGGCGUGGUUUUGGAAGGCCCCUCCGAUGGGACUGGUGGAGGCACUCCUCCAACCCGCAGCAUAUCUUUGGUUGAUGACGGGGAUACUCUUAUCGUUGAUGGAAAGACAUUCAAAAAACCGUUUGUUGAGAAGCCUGUGAACGGCGAAGAUCACAACGUUAUUAUAUAUUUCCCUCGAAGCCAAGAAGGUGGUGCUCGGCGACUGUUUCGAAAAAUUGGAAACAAAUCGUCGGAAUUCGACCCUAAUUUGAUCACCCCAAGGUGCAUCACCGAAGCUAACAGCAGCUACAUCUACGAGCAAUUCCUUAAGACGGAAAACGCUGAAGACGUCAAGGCAUACACUGUGGGUUUCAAUUAUUGCCACGCAGAAACUCGAAAGUCUCCUGUUGUAGAUGGGUUGGUGCGACGAAAUACACAUGGUAAAGAGCUGAGAUAUGUCACCAAGCUUACCGACGUUGAGAAAGACAUGGCGUCCAAAGUCGCUCGUGCGUUCGGACAACGAAUAUGUGGCUUUGAUCUGCUGAGAACAGCAACAGCCAGCUACAUCAUUGAUGUUAAUGGGUGGAGCUUUGUCAAAGACAAUGAAGACUACUAUAAUGACUGCGCAAAAAUCCUGAAAGGAAUCUUCAUUUCUGAAAGAUUCAAACAAGAAACGUCAAGUAUGGAUGAGCCGUCCCCAAGUCCUGUCAGUACCCAGUACCAUACCCGACAGGGCACCAGCCACCCACAUCGCUCUGCAUUGAAAACAAUUCUCAAAUCGCCAAGUAUGACGAAGCUCUCACAGCACAUUCCACAUUCCUCAAGACAUCAAAGUUCGAAUGCAGGAUCACCAAAGACAAGUUAUAUGACUACACCAUUGAGUUCUCCACCGACAAUUGAGAAAGCAGCAAUUUCUGCAUUGCCAUCUCCGGUGCUAGAACAGCCAUCACCAAUAGUUACGAAUGCUGAUGUGGCAGCUAAAGAUAUGCGCUUGGACACGGCGGUAGAGGAUCAAGUGGUCGAAGCUCCAAUGCCUAUGUCGAAACAUUCAUGGAAGUUGAAAGGUGUCGUUACUGUUGUCAGACACGCGGAUCGAACGCCCAAGCAGAAGAUCAAAUUUACUGCUCAUUCUCAAGUCUUCGUGGAUCUUCUUAAGGGUCAUCAUGAGGAAGUUUUGCUCAAGGGCGAAGCAGCUCUGGCGAGCGUUGAAGCAGCUGUGAGAACCGCACAAAGAGAGAAACUUGAAGAUCCGGUCAAAUUGAAAACCCUGCGCAAUGCUCUCGCUAAAAAGGGUGGUCAACUGGGAACCAAGGUUCAAAUUAAACCCAUGUUUCGCAAAAGACGACCUAAUGAGAUGCUUCCUAGUACGAAAGAAGACUCAGAGGCUACUACUGACCCGCGUGAAACAUCUUUACCACAGAGAUCACACCUGGACCCGCUGGAAUCACCAGGUCUUGAUUCUCCGCCUCUAACGGACUCGAAAGAAGUUCAACGGGUUCAGACAAGAAGCGAUUCGAUUUCAGGUGUGACUUUUUCGCGGUUCUCGGCAGCGGAGAACGACCUCAUACUUGAUAAGCUGCAAUUAGUCAUGAAAUGGGGAGGCGAACCCACUCAUUCGGCGAGGUACCAAUCUCAAGAUCUCGGUAGCAAUAUGCGGGAUGAUUUCAAAUUACUUAACAAGGAGGUCCUAGAAGAUGUUCGAAUUUUCACCAGUUCAGAAAAGCGCGUCAGGACAAGCGCACAGAUCUGGGCAUCUGCUUUCUUGGACCGCCAGGACAUUCCCGAAGAUUUCAUCACCGUCAGGAAAGACCUCCUGGAUGACUCAAAUGCCGCAAAGGAUCUAAUGGACAAAGUCAAGAAGAAGCUUAAGCAUCUUCUUCGAGAGGGCAGUGUUCCUGAAGAAUUCGCUUGGCCGAAGGAUGUCGCCGAGCCCGUUGUUGUCAUGCAAUCCGUUAUUGAUCUGCUCAAAUUUCAUCGUCGUGUCAUGCGACACAACUUCAAGAAACUCGCGGGGGGGGCGGCAGCAUCGCUAGCUGCUAUCAAUGGAUCGGCAGAACCAAAGGAGGCAGGCAACCAGAAUAAGGAACUUGUCACUGUUGCCUCUAUUCAAUCUCGGUGGUGUACAGGUGAGGACGCUGAGCUCUUCAAGGAACGAUGGGAGAAAUUGUUCUCCGAGUUCUGUGAUACUGAGAAAGCCGACCCUAGUAAGAUCUCGGAACUUUACGACACCAUGAAGUAUGACGCUCUGCACAACAAACAGUUUUUGGAGUGGGUGUUCACCCCCAGCCAAUCACUACUAGAUGGGAUCACAAAGGAGGAAGGAGCCUUCUCGUCGAACACAUCUCCAGAGCCUGAAAGAGCAGACGACUCUAAUGGUGCAGUACAGAAUGGCCGCCAUGAAAGUGUGACUUCAGUUACAGGCAAUUCCGGGGAUCGUCACCGCUUUGCGCAGAAAAUCAAGAUGAGAAGACAGUCAGUUUUCAAACAACCACCGGUGACUUCUCCCCUAGCAGCUUAUGAGCAAGGGGCGUCUUACUUCAAACUCUUUAGCGGUUCGGGAGACAGCAAAUCCAAGCAAGACCAACGCCUUGGUCGCUUGAGAGAGCUGUAUCGGUACAGCAAGAUUCUCUUCGACUACAUCGGACCGCAAGAGUAUGGUAUCAGUGAUCACGAAAAACUUGAGAUUGGUCUACUUACAUCACUCCCGCUCCUACGCGAGAUUGUAGAUGACCUUGAGGAGCUCCAGGCGGCGGGCGAAGCCAAGUCCUUUGUCUACUUCACCAAAGAAUCGCACAUCUACACGCUUCUAAACUGCAUUAUGGAGGGUGGAAUUCAUACCAAAAUCAAGCGCUCUACAAUUCCAGAGCUAGACUACCUUUCUCAAAUAUGUUUCGAACUCUACGAGGCCAAAGAUGUCGAGAAGUCCGAGUCUACUUACUCUAUCCGGAUCUCAAUAUCUCCAGGCUGUCACACAGUGGACCCACUUGACGUGUCUCUGGAUUCCAAACACGCCAUCGGCAGUGCUCCUAGGCGUUCCCUGACGGACCAUCAAGAUUGGAAAGAAGUCAUUUCGACGUUGAAAGCCAAGUUCAAUACCGUCCAAUUGCCCAAGAGCUUCCUAGCAGUCAACGUCAGUGAAAAACACGAGCAAGAGGCGGAACGAAGAGCAAGUAUGCUGCAAAGCGAACAAGCGAAAACGAACCAUGACAAUGGGACACAGGGCCAAAUGAACGGUGAGCUUGCCGACAACGACGUCGUCGAUGCUACAGCCGUGCUUGGGAAUCCUGUGUCCCAGAUCGUCUCUGGAGAAAAAGUAUCUGCACCUGUGUCGGGCUCGGUAGACACCACAGAUUUGGAGGCCACAGAAAUGCAGGAUUGA